AUGGAGACAUUGGCACCAGGCCCGUGGAAGACAACAGAAGCCAGCCUUGUUAAAGCAAUGGAUAAUCUUUCAAAUCUCUUGAUUUUUGAACAAGAGUUGCUUGAUGGAUUUGAGGAGGAUUUCAGACUGAUACAAAGAGGACUGGCACGAAUGCAUCUCAUGGCACAAAAUGUGAUAGAAGAAAGAGGGUUGGAAGGAUAUGGAGAGGAAGUAAGAUUUCUUACGACUCAAGUAGAAGCUGUAACCGAUGGUUUUUUCUCAAGAAAGCAAAAAUCAAAACAGCCCAGUUACAGUAAUUGUAUCAAGGACUCUUUAUCCUUUUUCAAGGGCCGAGCAGAGAUAUAUAAAGUGAUCGAUGACAUUGAAAUUAUCAGGGCCUCAAUCUUGAGACUUAUCUCCAAAGGAAGUGAGCUGGGAAUGUCGCUUCUCAAGGCAAGGACAGGAACUGUGUCUCAGAAUCUGGAGCAGCAAAAGCGACCAUUCUCUGUGGAUGAUAUCAAAGAAGAACGAGCUGUGGGUCUAGAGGAAGGCAUUCAUAUAUUAGUAUCAAGGUUAACUGAGGGCAAAGGGAACCGGAAAGUGAUUUCAAUUACAGGCGCAAGAGGAGUAGGCAAGACAACUCUUGCAAUGAAAGUGUAUAAGAGUGCUCCUGUUACUAAUCAUUUUCCUUCUCGUGCUUGGGUGACCCUAUCUCAAGACUUUGAACUGAAAGAGACUCUGCAGAUCGUAGCAAAUCAAUUAUGGAUGGGAAAGGAAGAAGGGGAAUCGUCUGUCGAAGGAGAGGAAUUAUCUGUGGAAGAAUUGAGCACAAGGAUCAAAGAUGCCUUGAAAAAUGGAAGGCAUCUCAUUGUUUUGGAUAAUUUGAGGACAUUGAAACAAUGGGAUGCUCUUCAAAGUUUAUUUCCUGUUGAAAGUAGAAUACUGAUAACCACUCGUGAUAGAGCAGUUGCUCUUUCUACGGAAUCAGAUCACAGCCAAAGAUUUAUAUAUCACAUGAGGGGACUAAGUGAUGAAGAGGGCUGGGAGUUAUUUACAGCAAAGCUACCACCAGUCCCUAUGGAGUUGGAAGAACUUGGACGAGAUAUUGUCAAGAAGUGCAUGGGUUCACCUAGAGCAAUUUCUGCAGCUGCAGAAAUUUUAUCAAGCACACCAGCAACUUUAGACCACUGGUCAAUAGUAUUAGAGCAAAUUGAUAAAGAUCAAGCAUCAACGUACUAUAACUUGAGCCUGGUUGCUGAUGCAUUGCCAUCUCCUUUGAAGCUUUGCCUUUCCUACUGUGCGCUAUUCGAUAAAAACUAUGACAUCUCAGUGAGGAGAUUGAUUGUGUUGUGGGUUGCUGAAGGACUGAUAGAACAACAGAAAAGCAGCAAAAAGGCCGCAGAAGAUAUCGCAGAAAAGUAUUUAAAACAAUUGGAGAAUCAGGGUAUGAUUCAAGUGGUCAAAUGGAAAUCUAAUGGGAAAAUAAAAAAGUGUAGGAUGCACCAUCUUUUAAGAGAUCAGUGGGUGUCAAAAGCUACGAAAGCUAGUUUUGUACAAGUACCAGAUGAAGCUGCUUGUUCCUGUUCAUCCUCUAGCACUGGCAUGAUUCGUAGAGUUGCUGAUCACCUUGACAAGCAAGAUGAUUGCUUCCGUCAUAUCCAUGGAAAUAGAACCACAACUAAUUCUUUGCGAUCUUAUUAUGGGGACCUCCGCUCUCUAUUGUCAUUUGAUUUUCGGGAAGGACCUGAACCUGGAGAUGACAUAGGGAACUUUCUUCGCAGAGGAAUCUUGGGAAGGUUUUUAUUGCGGUUGCUAAUAAUUGACCUUGAAGGUGUAUUUCGACCCAAGUUACCUAAAGGAAUAGGGAAGCUGAAAGAACUGAGGUAUCUCGGCCUGAGAGGAACUUACUUAGAGAUGCUCCCAUCAUCAAUUGGCUACUUGCCAAAGCUCCAGACGUUGGAUUUGAAAAACACACAUAUUAGCACCCUUCCUAAUACUAUAUGGAAGAUGCAGCGACUCCGACACCUAUACUUGAGUGACAGAUAUCGUUGUAGAUUUGUUGCUCCACCAAGUGCCUGCUCUCCAAUUGAUCUCCAAACGUUAUGGGGAGCAUUUCUGGAUGAGGAGAUCCCAGUAGAGGGUGGCCUGAACAGGUUAAUUAACCUUAGAAAGUUAGGACUUGUGAUCCGGUUAACAUUGUCACAGCAGAAGUCUUUGGCCAAGUGGAUUGCAAGAUUGAGUUACCUAGAAUCUUUAAGGCUGAGAUCAAUUGAUGAAUCUGUUCAACCUUCCACUUUAUUCUUAAGACCUUUGUCGAACCUAAAAAAUCUCUCCUCUAUAUACUUAAUGGGAAGGCUGAAUCCACUAGUAGUGCAGAAACUCCCAGAAAAUCUCACAGAGAUUACACUGUCAUUGUCAGGACUUUUGGAUGAUCCAAUGCCUAACCUAGAGAAGCUCCCAAACCUGCGAGUUCUUGAGUUGUUAGCCGAUUCCUUUACAGGGAAGCUUAUGGUUUGCUCCACAGGGUGCUUUCCUUUGCUUAGAGUUCUAAAACUUUGGAAGUUGCAAGGCCUAGAGGUAUUGGAGGUCCAAAAAGGAGCUCUAGCGAUUGUGAAGGACAUAGAAAUUCGGUAUUGUGAAAACUUAAAGAUGAUCCCAAAUGGUUUUCUACACCUAGUUCAUUGCCGUGAGUUGAAGCUAAAAGGUAUGACUGAGCAAUUUAAAGCAAGGGUUAUUAGAUACCAUGGGCAGGAUUGGUAUAAGAUUGCCCAUAUACCUUCUGUCUUUGUGGAAGAUUAA